CCCAGAGUUGCGCGUCGCUAGCUUCUCCGCGGAGAUUCUUGCAGGGCCGUAAUUGUGCUUGGAUGUUUCUUCUCAAAUCUUUAUCUUAAAGUUGUAUCCGCCACCAAUGGGGCGCUGAUUCAGAAGGGGUCUGUUUGGGGAGGCGAGGUUGCGCGCGCUGCCGGUUGCUUCCCAGUCGCCCGUCUCCACAUUUUGUGAUAAAAGCGAAGAAGGCCAAAAAGCAAAGGUUAAAACGCGGGAAUGACGGCAACACUGUGUCUCCUCUGCAUCCCUCUCCGAUUCCCACCUAACCGUACUUCCUUCUCUUCUACUUCCGUUUCCCUUACCCCUAUUCGUGCUCAGAACCAGGAGAUUCGGGUUUGCACCAAUCGCACUUGCCGACGUCAAGGUUCCUUUCAGACACUCGAAACUCUCUGCGCCCUCGCACCUCCCACCAUUACCGUCAAUCCCUCUGGUUGCUUGGGAAAGUGCGGCGCUGGCCCUAACGUCGCUGUUUUUCCCGAUGGAUUCGUCGUCGGCCAUUGCGCCACGCCUGCUCGUGCUGCCGAGGUCAUCAUGCGAUUGUCUGGUGGAGUUUCUGAUUCUCUUGGCGUCUCUAAGAGUUUGGAGGCUCUUGCUCUAAGGAAGAGAGCCGAAUGUGAGGUGGAGGACGGGAAUUUCUCUCAGGCUGACCUACUUCUUUCGAAGGCGAUAGAAUUAAAACCAUGCGGAGGUAUCCAUAUAAUAUUCAAAGACAGGUCCAUCGUAAGAUUGGCUCUGGGGAAUUAUGCUGCUGCCCUUGAAGAUGCAAAUGAGGCUCUAAGAGUAGCUCCUCAAUAUCCCGAGGCUUACAUUUGUCAAGGUGACGUAUUCUUAUCUAUGGACCAUUUUGAUUCGGCUGAGAUAUCAUAUUCAACAGCUUUAGAAAUUGAUCCUUCAAUUCGCCGUUCAAAGUCAUUCAAGGCGCGAGUUGCUAAACUUCAGGAGAAGCUCAAUGCUGUGAGAACACAAUAAAAUCUGAGAUGUGAAUCAAGGAAUAAGAAUACUUGAUGACAACAGUUCGAGAUUCAGUCAUUCCUUCAGGUUGUUUCCAGGUUUCAAAUUUCUGACUCAGAUUGUUGUUGAAAUCUUAAUUAGGUUAACUACAUAGAAAUUCGAUGCAGUUUGGAGUUUCAUGAAAAAUUGAUUGGGAAUUCGUAUAAUUCUGCAUGAGAAUGCUUUUGAUCCCAGGAAAAAUAAGCGGCCAAGUGCAUUGGAUUGUAGAGUAAUUGUUCCCCAAUGGGUUAUUUUAUAGUGUCCUUCUUGUUCC